AUGAUCCGAGGAGCUACAUUGUAAAUAGACAGCGACGAUCCACCGGGGACAUGCCUUCAUAGACUCUUUAAAUCCCCUCUAACUGCACACAUAUUCACCCCUCCGAGACUCCUUGUCUCCAUAACCGGUUCUCCAGCUGUUUCGGGUGAUUUCGGCGCGUGAAAGUCUCAUUAAAGUAUGUACCGGUCUAUAUACGCCUUCCGAUCCGUGGAGCCCAACUCGCUGCACUUCGCGGCCGGAGAAAGCUUCCUAAUCCUGGAGAGGAGCAACAAACACUGGUGGCUGGGGUCCCGCUGCAGCUCGGGGGAAACAGGCUACAUCCCAUCGUCAUACAUCGAAAAAAUACAGGCGCCAGAGCAGGAUGAGGUGUUGCAGUCGAUCGACAGAGCAAUCGAAGGGAUCCACAACGUGGCCCUAAAAAACGGAGGCAAAUACAAUCUGGAACAGAGAGAUGUUCUUCAAAAGUUGAUCCAUCACAGAAAAGAGACGCUCACACGACGAAGUUCCUCGUCCUCCGGUCUCAAACAAGGCCUCCCAUCCUCCAGCAGCGAAAUAUCUCUCAGUCAGACUCCUCCUCCGCCCAACGGCCUCAACCGGGACUACGGACGACAGGGGAGCGUGCCGUUGUCCGGAAGCGUGGACAACAUACAGGCAGAGCAGGGCUUUUAUCAGGUGCCUCCUCAACCUCGACGUGCGGCUCCGAUCACCCCACCUCCCCCUGAGAAACAGCGCAACGGCCGACGUCCAGCGGAGCCAGAAGUCCCCUCCAGAUUGUCCUCUCUUCCUCCGUCCCCUUCUCCCUCCCUCACAAUCAGCACCACCUCUCUAGAGUCUGGCUCCUCCCACUCACUGGUCUCCUCCGAUGUCAGCUUGCCAAGCGUUUCCAGCACCCCCCCUCCUCCUGUGCCAUCCCGUGUGAAGCCCACUGCGCCGCCUCCAGACGUGCUUCCCUCCGACUCUCCUCCUCAGCCAGCUCCUGCAAAGAAGAGCCCGGCUCCACAGCCUCCCCAUGUCACCCCACCUCCUUCCCAGCCCGCUAGGGAGGAGCAGCCGGAAACUGAAUGGCCUGUUGCCCCCCCUUCCAUAGCUGAAAGCCCUCCUGGCAGCCCCACAACUCCUGAGCCGGUUCCCAUGACUAUCGGGGCUGAGCUGAUCGAGCUGGUACGGAAGAACACGGGCUUGAGUUACGAGCUGUCGCGGGUCGCUGUAGGCGUGGUGGUCGGCCAUCUGCAGACGGCCUUGCCUCAAGCCUCCUCUGAUUUGGAGCAAGUUCUCCUCUCGCUGGUGAAGAGCAAGGAUGUGAGUGCAGCGCUGCCGCAGGGACAGGUGUGUCACGAUGAACAGAGGCUGGAGGUGAUCUUCAGCGACCUCGCCCGACACCGGGACGAUUCUCAGCAGCGUAGCUGGGCGCUUCAUGAAGACCUCGCUCUCAUCGCCUGCUACCUGGAGGAGCUGCUGAAGAUACUGACUGAUGCAGAUCCUGAGGUGUGUAGGAAGAUGUGUAAGGCCAACCACUACGAGAAUGUGCUGUCUCUGGUUUCAUAUUAUCAGAUGGAGCUUCGCGUGUCUUUGCGGCUGCUGCUGCUCAAAGUGUUCGGGGCGAUGUGCAGCAUGGAUGCUUCCCUCAUCUCCACCCUCCUCAACUCCAUCCUCCCAAUGGAGCUGGCCAGGGACCUACAGACUGACACACAAGAGCACCAGAAGAUGUGUUACACAGCAUUGGUACUCACUAUGAUCUUCUCAAUGGGUGAACAGGUGCCAUAUCAUCACUACGAACACUUGAAUGCUGACUUUGUUCAGUUCCUGCUGGGUGUGGUGGAGGACGGGCUUCCCUCUGAUCCCACAGAGCAGCUGCCUGACAUCUUCCUGAACCUCCUGCUGGCCUUCAACCUGCACCACACAGCACCCAGCAGCAAUGUGAUCAUGCAGGAGCUGAAGAAGAAAAAUGUCAAGAUCCUGUCAGAGAAAGUGGUGCUGCUUCUCAACAGAGGCGACGACCCGGUGUGUAUGUUCAAACACACCCCGCCUGCACCGCACUCAGUGCUCAAGUUUAUGCAGGAUGUUUUCGCCAACCGAGAGACCGCGGACAUCUUCUACCGCACUGACAUGAUGGUGAUGAUUGACAUUGCUGUUCGACAAAUAUCUGACCUUUCACCUGGAGACAAGCUGAGGAUGGAGUAUCUCUCCCUCAUGCACUCCAUAAUACGCUCGACGGACUACCUCGAGCACCAGCACCGCCUGUCUGACCUGCAGGGGGUGCUGCAGAGGAUUCUCAGGGAGGAGGAAGAUGCAGGAGAGGAUGAAGGGAGCGCUACAGCGAAACAGAUGGAUAAGCUAAUUGUACAGCAGAUCUACAAGGAGUUCCCACAGAUCAGUGAGAACCAGGACUAACCAUAUCAGUACCAUACACACACACACACUGUAGGCUGCUCCUGUCUACUGAAGGGAGGUAAAUGUUGAGAGACAAAGAGCUGACAAUUAAUGGGACGCUCUGUGUUCUGUGCCAGCCUGUGCUGAGAGAAGCUAAUCAGUUUUGCCAAUGUUUUCAUGGACUUGAAGUCCAGAGCUGCAGCAUGCAUGUGAUGUUGAUAUCAGAAAGAUGUUCCUGAUUUUCACAGCUUCUCCCAUCUCAAAUGAAUUUUAUUUGAAAAAGAAGUAGGAUUUUUUGUUUCUCUGGUGUUCUUCGAGACGGGGAAAAUAUGACGAAUGCACAAAAAACCCGUGAGGUUCAGUCACACUUGGAGAUUAAAAAUAGCCAAAAUAUCUGCCAAACACUGGAGCUGUUUCACAGUGAAUUCCUAGAAAUAAUUAUCUUAAAAUCAUACAAUAACUAACCGUAUUAUCAUACAGUAUUAGAAAUAAUAACAACAACCACAACGAAAUCUUAUUCUAACCAAAAUAUCUUUAACCAAAUUGAUUUUAGAAUCAAAUCAAACAUUUUGAAUAAAAAAACACAGAUUUGAAGUCAUGUUCCAGAUAAAAGUGCCAUUAUUUGAACUGUUGUGAGAAUACGUGAUGUGCUUCCCUUGUAGUGGGACCAAACUACUGUGUGUUACUGCAAGCAUUAUUUUCUUAAUAGAGUAUAAUACUCUUAAAACUGACUUCCUCUUUCAUUCACCUCUUUAUUCAUUAGAAUUUGAAUUAAUGUCAAAUAGAACCAGUUGAACAAGUUUACUAUUCUAGUGAGAGAAAAGCACACUGACUCACGUGUUAUCAAUACGAAGCUUUUAGCCGAGUAACUUGCUGCUACAGAUUGAGUCUUUCCUGUGGCUCCGUCUGGUACUUUUGUCUCUUUACUGCUUAUCAAACACUUUUGAUGAUCGCUCUGUCCUUACAUAUGCAAAGCUCCUCUAACAUACAAAGUUAUUGACCGUUACAGAUUAAUGUAUGUAUGUUGCAUUCGCAUUCAAACUAAUUGUGCUGCAAUAAGGAUUUAUAUAGCAACUUGCAAUAUAGCUAAAAUAUACCAAUAGUCUUGGCUGAUGUGAGCUGUGGCUUUCUGGAGGUAAUACUAACUGAAGCUAUUAUAAUCCAAGAUGAUACAUUAGUCAGUGUUGUUGCUUUCCAGUUAUUAUCCGAUGCCCCGACUGAAAAUCAAGACAAUGUUGUUAAAAUACAGGGCAUUUAUUUUAUCUCCUCGUAGUUUCAAUACUUUAAGCAACAUGUAACUUUCCUUGUUUCUUCCCGAUGAUGUAGUGAUUGAUGUUCUCCCAUCCUACACUUUAAUAUAUCUGUUUCUGUCCCGAGCAUGGCUAUCCCGUCUGGAGAUGGUAAAUGCAAUCCAGAAGUGAUAUCAGUUUUUAGUUAAUGUCCGAGUGUUCGUUCAUUGAUUAUUUGUGUGUCUGUUUACAGUGCGUGUGAGAGAGGUGAGGGUCCCUUCUUUCCAUGAUUAACAUCGUCUGCAAAAGUGCUACGACAGUGUUAUAAUAAAACUAAUAAAGCUAUAUUUUAACAGUG